AUAUUCCCUAUGUACACAACUUUACAUCGCAAUGCACCCCUGUAUGUUUGUAUAUAAAAUAUGUAUUAUCCAUUAUCCAUUCACCAAACCACUUACCUUCAGUAAAAAAAUAUGCUUUUGUAAAUCAUAAUUAUUAGAUAAAGUGCCUAUAUUAUUACAGUUAUUAGAUGAAAAAUUCAAAAUGAUGGCAUUUAAUGUCAGAAUUUGGAUUUAUAUCAUAUUUAUGAUUUAUGAAAGCAUGUUUUUCCCCCCUUAUGUGCCGGAAACGGGCAUAGUUGUGGCAUAUAUAUCGUGAUAUAUUUAAGUUAAUACUAAUUGGCAUACUCAAAACUCCGUCUAUUUAAUAAUAACUGAUUUUUGUGAUGUUUAGUAUGAAAAUAAAUGUCUUUUUUCUCAGAUUCAGAUCUCUCUGUAUGUCUUUAAGGGUCAGAGGUCAUGGCGUGUCCUCUCCUGGACGCACAAACACUAACAGUGCGGAAGAGUAAUGUAAAAUGGAAGUGUCAUAAUUGCCAUGAUUGUGUGAUAGAUAGAUGAAAAUGUGUAAAAGUAUAGGCUACAUUAUGAAAAACACACAAUUUACACAAUGUACUCUGUAUAUGACACUACACAGGAUCAGUAGUUUAUAUAAAUCGAUCAUUCUUACUAGACAGUACAAAGACCGAAACUAAAGUUGUUAAAUCACAGCUCCAACAACUCCAAGUGUAUGGCUGUUUUUGGACCCACACUCUGUGGAAUUGUGGUGGGCUUACUAAUGAAUUAGGCUGCUAACUAGUGAGAGUUUAAUUAACCUGGUGGGGAUAGUUAAUCCCUCAUGCAUGAAGAUGCAAGUUCAGCUCAUUUAUCCCAAAACAUCCAUAUCUCUGGUGGAAUCUCACCUGCCAUUCACGGCAUCUUCACCUAUGACAGCAGGACCGGGAUGGAGCGGAUGUUGUUUUGGGUUGAUAUUUGUUUGGCAACCGUGAUCCAUAAAAGGGGCUUGCGGUCGGUGGGUGGAGAGGGCGACGUUGGGAUGGAGAUAUUACAACAUCACUGAGACGUUCUGAGAGAAGCUCCAUUUAUGAUUGAAGUCUGAAGAAGCUUGGCGAUCAGAAGAAACAUGGCCCCUCAAAGAAAACCCUCAAGCGUCAGUCAGAGUAUCGCUUCAUCUCCUUUCUACUUCGCCCUCUACGUCAUUCUGGUUCUGCUGGGGAAUGUGGGAAACACCACGGUCAUCGGAGUGGUUGGAGAAAGCCUUCUGCGAGAGACGGGAGUCGUCCGGAGCUCUGACGUGAUCCUGGUCAACAUGGCUUUCUCCAACCUGAUGGUGUCGUUGGUGAGAAACACGGUCGUGAUGGUGUCCGACCUGGGAGUGGAGGUACGGCAGAAUUUCCACAUGGAAGGACGUUUGGUUGGAUGGAUAACUGUUAAUGAAUGGAUAGAUGUUGAGAUUUUCCUCUCUAGAGACAUGUGUCACCUUAUGAUGGGCAUCUGGGUUUGGCUCCGCUCCGCAAACGUUUGGUCGACGUUCUUUCUGAGCGCGUUCCACUUUCAGACGCUGCGUCGGGUCGCCCCGCCCGUCAUCAGCCUGCACGGCCCCCGCGGGCCCCCCAGAUCCCUCAUCCUCGGCUUCGGCCUCAUCUGGAGCCUCAAUCUGAUCUACGCCAUCCCAGCGUUCAUCUUCUCCAAGAACGGAGACGAAAACUCCACCGAGACGCUGAUGUUGGUGAGCAGCACCACUCGGCCUCUCAUGGGCUGCAUCUGGGACUUCCCGUCAGCCUACAGCGGCCUGGCCUUCGCCACCUCCUCCAUGGUGAUCCAUGAGUCCAUUCCCAUCUGCCUGAUGAACAUCACCAACCUGGGCUCCCUGUUGACGCUGUACGCUCACGGACACACGCGGAACGCCGCCAACAAGAGUCAGGACGCACCGGUCGUCACUCGGAUCCCUGCGGAGCGUCGGGCGGCUAAAGUGAUUCUGGCUCUGAAUGUCCUCUUCAUUUCUUCUUGGGGAACUAACGUCAUCUCGGUCAACUACUUCAACUAUAACCGCGGAUCUUCCACAGAGUUCCUGCUCAUCAUCGCUCGCUUCGCGAACAUGAGCUUCAUCGCGCUGUCGCCCAUCGUCCUCGCCGUGGGACACCGGAAGCUCCGAGCGUUUAUAAAGUCAGUCCUGUCGCAUCUCUAUCCGUUUGGAUAGACUUCAGACAUCAAAGACAUGUCGCACCGUUUUCUGCAUCAUGAAACUGUCGCAUUUGAAUUCACACCUUCUUAUUUGUCAGUAAACCUGAAGACAUUUUGUUUGGAAUCCAGGACUUUCAGUGAUUUGUUUGUCUUGUGUCUGUUGUUUGCGGCCGUUUGACUGAUUAAACUUGUGA